GGUACUGGAUCAGUAUCCUCUAGUUUAUAAAAAAUAGUUUAAGUCAUCUUACUCUAGCUCUCAGGUUUUAUUUUUGCAUCCAACUUUUACUGUCCGAGUAAUAAAAAAUUAUUUGUGUCAAGAUGAGGGUGAUUAUUAUUUUAAUAAGUAUUGGUAUCGGAAUUAUUUCGCGAGUUGAAACACAAGAAAAUGCUCAACGUAAAUUAUCAAAUGGAUUGUUAGAGUGUUAUAAUAGUACACUAACAGUAUUGAAAGACAAUCAGUUACCCCAUAAUAUGCAUACUUUUAUUGCGAUCUUAAGAAAAAUUGAAGAUUCACCGAAUCUUAUUAUGGAUUUACGUCAAUUAACUGUUUCUUUACUUCAUCGAUUUCGUCAAGAUGGAAUAAUAGAAAAUACUGAAACAAAACCAAUACCUGGCGUCAUACCGUACGCGCCAAAUUCAUUUCAGUUUUAUAAAAAUGCUGCUAUUUUAGAAUUUAUACAGGGAAAUGCAUUACAUUUUCCAAAUUCCUCUAUAUCUUCAUUAGAACGUUGUACGUUGCAUUUUAUGUUAUCAAGUAGUAUUGAAUUCAAAGAACGUGGAGAUGAAGCAACGACAUGUCAGAUACAGAGUAAUCAGUAUCGAUGGAAAAGAAAUAUAAAUAAUCCAGCCGAUGGAAUACAAAGCGAUGUUGAAACAUUAUCUCCUGAAGAAUUGGAAACUAUUAAAAGCAAAAAUGAUGAAUCUAAAGACAGUGAUUUUGAUCCAAAUUUAUUUUAUCCACCUUUGCCACCAAAUCAUCCAGAGAAUGCGCAACUUAGACAACAGACUACGAGUAAAUGUCCAUUAGAAAGUGGAGUAAUUCAUACAGAAUGGGGCACAGUAGCUGGUGGCCCUCUACUAGCAGGAAUAGCGGCAGCAUUACAGCCAGAAUUAAUUAAAAUCAGUGAUUUAGUUUUCAAAAACUGGCGAUCAAGUGAUAAUCUAUCAAAAGUUCAAUUAGACAAUAAAUGGUUCGCAACUUUAGCUGGUGAUCUAGCUGAAGUAGCUAUUGUUCAAGGACCUUCUAAAACUACAAAUGAACGUUUGAAAAUAGGAACUGAAGGUCACUGGAACUCAACAGUAUCUCCAAAAUAUUAUUUUCUAAAUGAGGAUGAAAAUGUUGAAUUUACUGCCGCUGAAGUACGUGGUGAUCUUGAUGGGCUUAUUUUGGCAACCAGUGUCAUGUCUUGGAACCAAAAUCUGCCUUCGCUUAAGUUGUCACAGAUCUUUGACAUGUACUACAGUGAUCGUGGUGCUUUUAAUAUGUCGACAAGAGCUUGCAAUAGAAGAGCUUUAUUAACUAGUGUCGCGCCGAAUGAUACUAUUUCUAUUCAGGCUUUUGCAGCAUCGCUAAUAUUAGAAAAAUCACUAUCUACUAAUUCAUUGAAUGAAGAAGUUCUUAAUAAUUUUGCAGUAAAAGCUACCAAUGAACUUUUUAAUUUCAUUCCAUCAUCUUUAAACAACGAUCUCGCUUGUGACACAAAUGUUCGUUCAUUUAAUCGUCUUGCUGUUGAUUUAACUAUUUUUAUUGAUACUAACUGGAAAUUUCCAUCGAUCCAACCAAUUCUUGCAAUUUUACUGGAAAAUUCAGAAAUAAAUAAAUACGCUAGUAACUUUACGUUAAUAAAUGCAGUCAAUGGUGACGUACUUAUUAAUAGCUCAAACAGUAUUUUGGACUUCUAUAAUUUUAAUGAAAGUCAAUAUUCUUAUCUUACAAUGAAUAAAAAAGGAUUUGAUUUACCACAAACAUUUGAAAUUUUAAAAUCAAGAGAAGAAGAAAAAUUAAAUAGAGAAUGGGAAUCAAAAGUUGGUGGACAGCGAUCAGAAAUCGUAAUAAUUUUACCUUCAGCGUCGGCAUCUAUAUCUGAUGGGGAUAAAAAUUUUUGCUUAGACAGACUAAAAACAUUGAGAGAAACAGCUCCAGAUACAACUCUUUUCUUCUUGACUCCUGGUUCCAAAGAUAAAUGGGCUGAGUUAACACUGGACUCAAUUAACGAUAUCGUUUCGUUUAGUAACGGAAACAUUAGAGACAAUCACGCGCAAAUUAUGAAUUUAGUCAAUCGAAUGAAACAAGUGCCUCGACGACUUAUCAACACACAAUGUGGAGCAUCUUAUACUUCAAGUGGAUCAUCAGAAUCAUAUACAAAUUAUUUAGAACCAUCUGGAAUAAAUUUCUACCGUUUACAUCCAAAUUAUUUUUACAAAACUGAUCAAGAAAAUUUACCGACUAUUAAAAUUCAAAGUUAUGGUGGUACGCACUUGACUAUUUGUACAUCUAGAGAUCCAAUAAAUAUAAAUACAACAUCUUCUAAUUGUGUAACUAGUGAUACACAUUCAGAAACUAUUUACUGUCAAGAUCCAACAUACAUUCAUGAAUGUAAACCUUUUUAUUUAUCAAUUGCUGUCAAUUCAUCUUAUAACUCUUUUAGCCAGUGCCUUUUUGAACCUGAACGUUGUAGAUAUCCAGAUAUGGUGAAAUACACAAUUUCAUAUGAAAAUCUCGUUUGUGUAAAUUCCGCAAGUUCAAUUAUUAUUUCACCAAUUAUUUCAUUAGUAAUUAUAAUUUACAUUUACACAAGACAAUAAGAUAUAUAUAAUAUAAUAAACAUAAAUUUAUUUAUACGUUUUCAAAUAUUGAUAAGAAAAAAAAUAAUUUUAAGUAUUUGUAUAAUUUUUUUUUACUAAUAUUUUUAUAAAAACUUAUCAUGUUUAUCUAGACUUUGUUAGUUUUAUCAAUCAUAUCUGAUUAGUCACAUCCCAUUGUCACCUGUUAUAUUUUAAC